GAGACUGGAAAAUCAAAAUGAUUGUGGCAGAAAAGUCACCCAAACGAACAGGCCAACGCUCACCAGUGAAGUACCAAAGCCUAACAUUGAUUGAUCCAGAGGGAAAUCAGCUGCAAGCUACAAUAUUUGAUAAAGAUAUUGACUCGCGACAAGAUACUUUGCACAUUUUCCAGUCAUAUUACAUCAGUAAUGCAUAUGUGAAGCCAUUGGAUCCGAAGUAUAGAAUUGAAACAUAUGAAUAUCAAUGGAUCUUAAAUGCUAAAACGAUAAUUGAGGAAGUUCCAAAGGAUGAAGGACAAUUGGAGCCACCAAAGUACCAACUCAUUCCAUUCAAUGAAUUAGAUGCCUACAAGAAUUCAAUUGCAGAAAUAGGUAAUUCACUCUUUACUUUAGAAUAUUUAAUUAUCAAUAUACUAAAAAUUUAAAUCUUAUUUGUCAG